AAAUCCUUUUUUUUUUUUUACCAUCAGUAAUGACCAGUAUCCACACAAGUAGGUUGACAGAUAUUGUGGAAAAUGUUCGAUCCAUUGAUCCUGUAGAACAACCCCCAGCUCACCAGAUAACAGAGGGAUCCCAUGUACCAUGCUCACAUAGCCCCAAACCCAACCAGGCCAUAUUGCUUCACCCAGCAAACAACUGUCAUACCUAAGAGAAAGUAGAAUUGAAACAUGCAAUUGCAUAUUAAGUGAAAUUUGGAGGUAGCAAUCAUCCAUAUUAAAAUGUACUUACCAAUGUAAUGCAACUUCCUCAGAAUAGGAGGAAGACAGUUUUGGUAAACUAGGAAGUAGAAAGUCAGUCUUUCAUUGCACUGGGUUCAUGUUGUUCAGUCUCCUCAAUCUCUGCCAUGGCUCUUCAUCUCAGUGUUCUUCUCAUCAUCACUGGACUCACAGGAGUUCACAACACCGUAACCACCGUCAGUAAAGUGUCGGUGAAGGCUGGAGGUUCGAUCACCAUCCCAUGUCUCUAUGACUUAAUGUACAGAAACAACGUGAAGUACUUGUGUCAAGGUGAAACGUGGAGGGGAUGCAAGUAUGUAGUUAAAACAAACAUACCACAUAAUUCAGGAAAGUUUUUGAUCUCUGAUGCCAAAUCCCAGAGAAUCUUCAUUGUAACUAUUAAAGAUCUGAUGAACACGGACAAAUAUUUCUGGUGUAUUGUGGAGAUCGAUAAUGGAAGUGAUGUUGGAUCGCGAUUUCUCCUGUCGGUCACCAAUGGUUUGCCUGGUCUUUAUGUGGAUAAUCAGGAAAUCAGUGGAUUCAUUGGAGAGAGUAUAACCAUCAGUUUUAACUACAGCACUGCUGGAGAAAUUCAGUGGUGCAAAAUGGGCGGGAGCUGUGUGAGGGGGCCGUCGGGAGCAAUAGAUGGAACAAGCGUAACCAUAGACUCUGGGCGCCUCAAUGUUUUCCAUGUGUCCAUGAGCGGACUGUCAACAGAAAGCGUCGGCUGGUAUUUAUGCGUUAAAGGAGACUUACAGAUGCCAGUGCAUGUCAAUGUUAUUGAGAAACCCACCACUACCACUCUUGCAACAACCGGAUCGAACGGAGACCCAACACAGCACAGCACUUCAAUACACCUAAAGAGCCUCAUCAUCACUCUGAGUUUGUUGAUCGUCAUUGUACUGGUGACCUUGUUCGUCUGGUUUAUGUUGAGAAAGCACAAGCAAAACAAGCCAGAAUCAUCAGCGAUCACAACGGCUGAAGCGGAUGUAACGUACUGCAAUGUUAAACACAAAAGAAAAACUUCAGCGAAGUGUGAAGAGGAAGUAACGAACUCGACUGUUGGGUUCACACCAUCAGACCAAAUACCAUGUGCUGAAACUGACAUGGAUGUGUUGUACAGUUCUGUGGUUACCAUUAAACAACAACCAGAAGAAAGGGCUGAAGCACAAGAUACAGAUGUUACAUACAGCAAAUUGGCUCUGACCGGCCAAAAUACUUGAACUGUUCUGUAUCUGUAAAUCACUAUUAGUGGAGUUUUUCCAGGAUAUACUGCACGAUUUGUUUUAAACUGUUAUUGCUUUGUU